GCAUCUCGCUCUGCUCCGCAGUUCACCUGGAGGGAUUCUGCGGCGGCACCAGGUUCGACUGCAAAGACGUGAAGUUUGUGGUGGGCGAAGGGGAGGACCACGAUAUCCCCAUCGGAAUAGACAAAGCUCUGGAGAAGAUGCAGCGGGGCGAGCACUGCAUCCUCUACCUGGCGCCACGCUACGGGUUCGGCGAGGCCGGGAAGCCCAAGUACGGCAUCCAGGCGAACGCGGAGCUGGUGUACGAGGUGACGCUGAAGAGCUUCGAGAAGGCCAAAGAGUCGUGGGAGAUGGACACCAAAGAAAAGCUGGAGCAGGCUGCCAUUGUCAAGGAGAAGGGGACGAUGUACUUCAAGGAAGGCAAGUACUUGCAGGCAGUGAUCCAGUACGGAAAGAUUGUGUCGUGGUUAGAGAUGGAGUAUGGCUUAUCCGAGAAGGAGUCAAAAGCUUCAGAUUCCUUCUUGCUGGCUGCCUUCCUCAACCUGGCCAUGUGCUACCUGAAGCUGCGCGAGUACACCAAAGCCGUUGAGUGCUGCGAUAAGGCACUAGGGCUGGAUCAGGACAACGAAAAGGGUCUGUACAGGAGGGGAGAAGCCCGACUGUUAAUGAAUGAAUUUGAACUGGCCAAAGGCGACUUCCAAAAAGUGCUGGAAGUGAAUCCACAGAACAAGGCUGCCAAGUCCCAGAUCUCCGUGUGCCAGAAGAAGACGAAGGAGCACAACGAGCGGGACAGGAGGAUAUACGCCAACAUGUUCAAGAAGUUUGCGGAGAGAGAUGCAGAGGAAGCAGCGAGCAAAACCGGGAUGGAAAAAGAAGCAGAAAAAGCCCCCGAAAAGGGGCUAAAAACUCCAGAGUCGGAAGGCAAAGAGGCUGAAGGCCACGUAUGAUGGAGGAGACGGCGGAAGGGAGACCCUCCUGCCCUCGGCUAGCACCGAAACAGGUUUUCUGCCAGAACUCAGGACUCACCAGUGUUUUCUUGUUGAGCUUGUUACAGUUUGUGUGAUUGUGGAAGCAAAAAUGCCUCACAAAGA